CCAGUCCACUCACACCUCCACACAGAAAAUCAGUGGUGUUGGAGAGCGACAGGGAGCGAUGGUGCAGCAGUGAGACAGGAGGCAGGAGCAGAUAAACAGCGAGACGCAGACAGAGACGCGGCGCUGCUUUUCACGAGGACACAUUGCGACACAGCUGCUGACAUGGACGCGUCAGUCUGACCCGGUCCACACACGGUCCCCGCUCUCCAACAGGUCCACCGAGCAUGUCGACGGUAGAAGGAGCCGGCCAGCGUGAGGAAGGGGAGUACGGAAGGGCGGCAAAGCGGCUGAAAACAGAGGAGAGGGAGGAGGGGGAAGAGGAGCUGGAGGAGGGGGAGGAUUCGGACUCCGGCUCCCUGCCCGGUAACGGAGAGUCAGCGGCGGACAACCGGGCCCGGUGGAGCUCCGGCCAGUACGGAGCAGGACGGAGGGAUAAUGGCGAGGACUCCCAUCGUAUCUCUCCCAGUCCUGUGGUCCAUGUCAGGGGCCUGUGUGAGGCUGUGGUGGAAGCAGACCUGAUAGAUGCCCUGGAGAAGUUUGGACCCAUAUGUUAUGUGAUGAUGAUGCCAUUCAAGCGUCAGGCCCUGGUGGAGUUCUCUGCAGUGGAGAGCGCUGACCGCUGUGUGUCCUGUGGAGCCAAGGAGCCUGUUUACAUCGCAGGCCAGCAGGCGUACUUUAAUUACUCCACCUCCAAGAGAAUUACUAGGCCGACCAACGCUGACAACCCCAACAGUGGCAACAAGGUCCUGCUGCUGUCCAUACAGAACCCCCUGUACCCUAUAACCACGGAUGUUCUGUACACGGUGUGUAACCCCAUCGGUAGCGUGCUCAGGAUCGUCAUCUUUAAACGAAAUGGAAUCCAGGCCAUGGUGGAAUUUGAGUCGGUUCAGUGUGCCCAGAAGGCCAAAGCUGCACUGAACGGAGCUGACAUCUAUGCCGGUUGCUGUACACUCAAGAUUGAAUAUGCUAGGCCGACGCGUCUGAACGUGAUUAAGAACGAUAACGAGAGCUGGGACUACACUAAACCAUACUUAGUCAGACGAGACCGUGGAAAGGGCAGGCAGAGACAGGCCAUUUUAGGAGAACACCCUUCAUCCUACAGUGAGAACGGCUAUGGUCCACCCUGCCCCCUGCUGCCUCUGCCCAGCAACAGCAGGUACAAGCUCACCUCAGUGGACGUUCCGGACAUGGUGUCCUACCCUCUGCCCCAGUCGUCCUCUUCAUACUCUGGCCACGCUCCUAGCUCUGUUGCCAUGGUGAGUGGCCUCCAUCCAUCCAAGAUGAACUGCACCCGCAUCUUCAACCUCUUCUGUCUGUACGGCAACAUUGAGAAGGUAAAGUUCAUGAAGAGUGUUCCUGGUACAGCGCUGGUGGAGAUGGGAGAUGAGUAUGCUGUGGACAGAGCCAUCACACACCUCAACAGCAUCAAGGUGUUUGGCAAGAGACUCAACGUCUGUGUGUCUAAGCAGCAUGCAGUGAUCCCCAGUCAGGUGUUUGAGUUGGAGGAUGGCAGCAGCAGCUAUAAGGACUUCGCCAUGACCAGGAACAAUCGCUUCAGCAGCGCUGGACAGGCCUCCAAAAACAUCAUCCAGCCUCCAUCUGCAGUGCUGCACUAUUACAACGUCCCUCCAUGCAUAUCACAGGACCACUUACUCAGGCUGUGUACGGAGCAUGACGUGCCCGGCUUUGUCAAAUUCAAGAUGUUUGAUGCCAAACCCUCCUCCAAGACCAUCUCUGGCUUGUUGGAGUUUGACAACAAGACGGAGGCUGUGGAGGUUCUUACUGUUCUCAAUCAUUACCAGAUCAGGAUACCCAAUGGAUCCAACCCUUACACCCUGAAACUGUGUUUCUCCACCUCCUCUCAUCUAUAAAAAGCUGCAAAGCACAAGGAGAGGCUGCUGAGCCUGGUGACGGUGGUGAUGGCUGAACUCUGACCUCUGACCUGAGAGAGGGACGGGGAUCAUGAGGGAGUGGAGGAGAGAUAAACUGUGAAACAAGAAGAAAGUGAGAGAGAUGGCCUUUAAAGGAGAUAAAGAAGAUGGAAAGAAGAGUUAACACUCCGAACACCAAACAUCCGCCCAUCAUCCAACCGUCCAAUCAAAAGCUGACAGACUAGUGACUGUCUGAAAUCAUGUCUUUAUAUUGUCAUGAGGGAUGUCUGUAGGACACUGCUCAUGUGUUUGUCCCAGAAGUCUUCACUGCAUGGUGUCUUCAAGACAGACAGAGACUGACUCUGAGAAAUCUACUGUACAAACCUGAGUCCACUCCAGCUUCAGUCAGUCAUCUCUAAAUCAUGAGCUUCACACGUAGAAGAUUUAGACUGAAAUCAUAUUUUAAUGUUUAAAAACUGAUGAGUACAGUGUGUUGCUUUGAAUUGUCAUUGAACGUAUGUAGUAAAUAUGGAUAUGAUUUUCUAAGUUCUCAUUUAGGGUUUAUUAGAACUACAUGGACUUCUCUGCCUCAGCAGCAGCAGCAGCAGCGGUGAGGCCUAAGGACACAAGUGUCACUCACACUUUGGCCCAGAGUCAUCUCAACCACUGAUAUGUUGUUAAGUUUGCUGGCUAUUCAUGGUCCUCAGAGGGAGAUGUGGUGUUUUGGUGACCCUCUGACCUGACUUUUCUCAUACGGUCAGAAUCUUCAGCCAGCUCCUGGUAUGUAAAAUAUAAAAAACUUCUGUUAUUUCUUUUAGCUCCAUCAUCAGCUUUACCACCAUCACCAAGCCCAUACAUAAGAAAUAUAAUGGGCUCGGAUUUUCUGAGCACAUUCAUUCUGCUCAGAUAAUAACCUCUUUGCAUUUUGGAAGUUCCAUGAUCUUCCCAUUAGUGCCACCUUCAGGCAAAAACAUCAACUUUGCAUACAACAUGUCUAAUAAUGCAACUGGCAGAUUGAUGAAACACUCAUGUUUCCAUGGAGAUGAACCCUCUUGAUUGCAAAGCUUCAAUCACAUUUUCUCUAGAACCACCCCCAGGACAAAAGGUACAUUUUAAACCGCAAUGGUGAGACUCAAGAAUAACUAAGUUAUUAUCAUGCACUUUGUUCUGUCUUUCAGAUUGUGAGGUGUAAUGAAAUUACAGCCUACAACUCUUUAAUGUCGCUUUAAUAUUUUAAAAUAAUCCCAUGGUCUGAAAACUUGUUGGUGUUGUAUAUAUACAAUCUUCUCUUUAUUCUCACAUGGUACCAGUGUAAUAUUACAGGGACUGCCCAUGAAUCUGUGCAUUAUGUUUAUGGGUGUGUUUUUUGCAUUUGUCAAAAUUAAAUUUAGUCAGCAGAACAUUCCUAAUGCACCCACACCAGGAAACACAUCGGUACCAUGUGGCAUUUCCUGUGCUGUCUGAGUGAACACACAGAGCUGCAGCCGAGUGUGUCGGUUCAGAGUCUUGAUUGUAAUUUGGGAAGGUAAAUGACUGGAGGAGAGCUGCAACAGUGUACUGAACGUGUUCAUAGAAACAGUGUAGCCCUACUCUCUGUGUUGUACACUGAUGGGUUUUCCCUAAACACAACAGAUAAAUGCUGGUUUAUCUUAGUGGGUGUUGAGCCAAAAACAAUAUUAGACAAGUAGCAAUUCUGCCUGCAUGCGAACACAGAGCUUGUUCGAUGCUUUGACUAAGAGAUUGGACCUAAUGCAUUAACAUCGUCUGACCUUUAAAAAACAGUCCUGCUUUUUAUCCUUUUGUCCUUAAUGUGAUGUUUUUCCUCUGUAAACAGGAUUUUGUUGUUUGUUGUGACUGAGGAGUUAAUCAGUGUAAACCAAUGGGACAUAAUUGAUCAGAUUUGCAGGAAGGCAGGGUUGUGGAAAAAACUGUGUAGGUUGGACUCAAUGCAUCCACUACAGCAGCAGCAUGGCCCCAGCUUCCAAAGUGGCACUUGCCUAAGAAGUUUAAGGGCCCAUCUUUGAGUUCAGUUUAACCUUUUAAAACAGGGGUGAAUACACCUGAAAUAUGUAUUACACAUAUGCACUGCUUUUUAAAAUGCGAUGAGUGCACAACUACAGUAAGACCAGUGUGUCAAAGUGGAACUGUGAUAAAUAGAAUGAUUUUACAUCAAAACUCUGGAAUUACAUAUAUUGAAGGACAUUUUUUGCUUUGUCAUGUUAAACAGCAUUUCAUUAUUUCUUGUAGUAUUUUCAUUUUUAUAAUCUAAUGCUAAAAUAAGAUUUUAUGUGGAUUUUGCAUGAAAUGUGUGAAUUAACAGGCUACCUAAAAUCUGUAAAAUGCACAGGCAUAGAUGGAUUACUGAGGAGGAGGGGAGCCUUUUGCCUAUCUGUGAUCACAGGGCCAUUUUCUCAUAAUCCGUCCAUGUCCAGGCCCAAAGUAAUCGGAUACACUGGGCUUCUGAGGCAAGUGUAGUUACAGAAAGCAUAUUGUCUCUGUUCCAUCCUGCAUCUCAUACAGGACACGCAGAUUUCACUGCUCCAAGCCUUUUUUUUUUAGUACACCACGAUCCAUCACACUUGAAUUAAGGCAUGCUUUUUUAUAUGACAAUAAGGAAAUGGUGUGAAAAGUCUCCACAGACAAAUCCUUUUUAGUCUGCAGUUAAAUUAUUGCUCCUUUAGAUGCUGUGAAACAGUUUCAUUAAACAGACACCGAGAGGUUUGUAUGCGUCUUACAGCACUUAAAUCUUACUGUAUUUAUAAGGAGGUUUUAUGUAUUAUAAGCUUUUGAAGCCUUGAAGGCGGUUUGAAAAGUGGGGACUGUUGUCACUCUGACAGAUUCACAGGUUUCAUGAUUUUAGGCUGUAAAGGUUUAAUGUUGUUAAUAGUCUGUAAUCACUGACAAAACAUUUAGAAAAAUACAUAGAACUAUAUUGUGCCAUUCAUUUAAGAAUCCCUGUGGUUGUAACUUACAUGUACAUGUUCAAGCUGAAUAAAGUCAAGUCUGGGGCUGUAAGGUCUAUACACACAGCUCAAGUCA